AUCAACAACACUGUUGUUGCGUGUUGUUGCCUGCUGCUGCGCCUCCUUCAUCCCUUAUUUUCAGCUUCUUCUUUUCAUGAUCUUUUCCCAAAAUAAGUUCAGUCUUCCCCAUGAAUACACUCAAAGCAAAAGUGUAGCCACUCCAUUCCCUUUUGAUCCCUGCCAAAACCACAUUUUGUGCCAAAACAAUCAACAAUCCAAACUGAAUUUUAUCCAAUGGACAUGAGAACUCAGCAACACUCUCUAUAAAUUGAGAGCAGAAAUCACAAAGUAAGGGGACGAUUUUUAGAAAAAGGCAAGAACGGAGAAGGAAAAACCAAAAAAAAAAACUCCUCUUUUCAUCAUUUUCUUCCAUUUUUCGAAAUCCAUUCAAACCACCCUCAAAAUUCAAUUUUCUUUCACUAAUCCCUUCUAACACAUACCAGUAGCGAAACACACAAGAAAAAACGAAAUAAAACCGUCCAGAAAAGCCUACCCAAAACUCCAAAAUUGCCAAGAAAAAGGGGUUAACAAACCCACUGAUACAAAGCUCAAAACAAUCAUAUUCCCGGCGCCGGUAUUGGACAAAGAAACGUCACCAAACAAGUCAUGGAGAAUUGGCAGGAUCAGCAUGAUGCCUUGAAGGGCGAAGUUGCUCAGUUAACUGGAAAAUUGGACAAAGCUUUGGAACUUUUGGCCAAUAUGAGUCAACCAGCACAGCCAGCUGUUUUGGAAGCUACAGAACCUGCUACUUUGACAUCACAAGGGGGAUCUGUAUGGCCAUUCCUUGGUUUACCCGCUGGAUAUACUCCCCGAGAGUAUAUACCUACUCAACAGGUUCCUCAGAAUGCUCAGACUCCACAGAAUCGGGUUGAAGGUUCAAAUACUCAUCCUACUAGGGUCCCUCAAAUCAAACCAGUUUUUGUCUCACAACAAGAGAAUCUGGAUGAUCCCAGAAAUGCCUAUCAGGGUCCUAAUUUAUUGGGCGAUGUUCCAAAGGUUAUUUCUAAAGUUCCUCGGCUAGAGGAAGCUCAUCAGAAAUUCAAGGCUAUUGAAGACCGUCUAAGUAUGAUGGAAGGAGGAGGUGAUCCCCUAGACCUUGCUAAUAUGUGCCUAGUGCCAGACUUGGUGCUUCCGCCAAAAUUUAAGGUCCCUGACUUCGAAAGGUAUAAAGGCCUCAGCUGUCCAAAGAAUCAUCUGAUUAUGUAUAGUCGGAAGAUGGCCUCCUUUGCUAGUGACGACAAGCUCAUGAUGCAUUGCUUCCAAGAUAGCCUCACCGGGGCAUCACUCAACUGGUACAUGCAGCUGGAAGGGAACCGAAUCCUGUCAUGGCGAGAUUUGGCGAAUGCUUUCAUUAAACAGUACCAAUACAACAUUGACAUGGCUCCGGAUCGUACUCAGUUACAAAACAUGUCCCAAAAAGAGGGUGAGUCAUUCAGGGUUUAUGCUCAACGUUGGAGAGAGUUGGCUGCGCAAGUACGUCCUCCACUCUUAGAAGUUGAACUAGUGGACAUAUUCACUAACACUCUGCAAGGGGCAUAUUUUGAAAGAAUGGUCGGCAGUGUUUCGUCUAGCUUUUCAGAUCUGGUGAAGAUAGGAGAAAGGAUUGAAAAUGGAAUCAAGAGUGGUAAGAUUCAAGCCACUGUGGGCAGUCAAUGUACCUCAAAAGAGCCUGCAAACAGUUUCACCAAAAAGAAGGAUGAGGAAACCAAUGCUGUCACUCCCAAAAGAAGGGUCUUUGAUUUGAUUCCUAUGUCAUAUGGUCAACUUAUUCCAUAUCUAGUGCACAAUGGAAUGGUAAUUCCCAGGGCUCUAAAACCCAUGACACCACCGUUUCCGGCUUGGUAUGAUGAUAAAGCUAAAUGUGAGUUUCAUAUGGGUGCUGAAGGUCAUUCCAUUGAUAACUGCAUAGCAUUCAAACAUCUAGUACAAGAGCUCAUCGACGGGAAGGUCUUGACUUUCAAGGACGGCAAGCCAAAUGUGAAAGAUAGUCCGCUGCCAGAGGCCGUCUAA